CGCAACGCCUCUAGCGCCGGGACCUCAGAACUAGGUCAGCGAUGGCGGGGCUGAGAGUCAUCCUUUCCCAGUUGCGGUUUCUGAGCCUCUUGGGACUCAGCCUCUACCUUUUAAUCGAAGGGUCGCUGGCCGUUCCGCUCAGCCUCACGCCUCACAAAACAUACAAGAAGAAAUUUAAGUGGUCGAAGAUUCGGCGGUUCUUUGCCAAGGCCCAGGAGGAACUCAGCAGCGACUUGUUGGACCAGAUCGAAAAUGCCGUUCGAGAGGAGUCUAAAAAAAUCCCCAACCCCAUCGCUUCCACUUUUGCGGUGCUGCACGACGGCGUCGACUGCUCUGCGCUGCGGUCGGACCUUCAUGCAAACAAAAUCGCAGAUGAUGUUGAGCUUCGCCCUUCUUGGAUACGUAAUUCGAAGUUGAUCGGCGACUGUCCGACGGACUACUUCCCCAGGGAACUUCCGCCGAAUUAUUACCCGCCCGUCAUUCUGGAGGCGAAGUGCCGGUGCGAGGAUUCUCAGUGUUCAAGUGCAGGGCAUGUGUGUGUCCCAGUCAAGCGUAACGUUCCCGUUUGGAUGAGGGACGGUCUCGAUCGUCACGUUCUGGACGUGCAGGAACUAACCGUCGCGUGUGCUUGUGCAAAAAGGACUAGUAGAAGAGGAGACAAUAUAAUCACGUCUUUUAUAACGAGUUGAGAAGUAUUCAUGUGCAGAAAAAGGCAAAUAUUUUUGUAUUGCGAAUAUUUUACUUCUUUAUAUAUUUGUAUCCCACGAUGGACAUCUACCUCAAAAUGCUGGUGUCAAGUUGUCUUGAGUAGCAUAAUUCACCUCCUCACGCGUGUGUGUGUGAGAGUUGUCCGCAGGAGUCGUUUAGCAGUGGUGUGCAAAGUGUUUCGUAAGAUUAGAAAAUUCUUGUGUACUCAACCUGCCAAGAACAUUUUCAGUGAUACUAGAAUUAGGAAAUCUGUAUGUUUUUAAUGACAUCUUGUGAUAGUACAACUUGGAAUCUCUCUCUCUCUCUCUCUCUCUCUCUCUCUCUCUCUCUCUCUCUCUCUCUCUCUCUGUGCACAGGAUGAGAGAGAAAAUUUUUUAUCUGAUAUAUUUUCUUGGUACUCUGCGCGUUGAAGCGCGGAAAGAUAAUUGUUGUGAUGCCAGUGAGAAACAUGAUCAGUAUCACUAUCAGCACCUUAACAAAAUAAAUAAUGUGCGUUACUUUGUGCUCUCUAGGUGUAAUUUUCAUGAAUGAGAUGAUGUUGGCAUACGUGAUUGAAGAAAUGAAAGUAGUUUAUUUAAAAAAAGAAAUAGGAGUUUACUCUGCUAAAAUGUUUGUCAUAAUUCAGAAUGAAAUUUCCUGCUAUUAUACGCUGCUGAUAGUGACUGCGACUGCCCCCCCAUCUCGCUCUUUGUUUUAAUAGUGAAAUUAUGAGUAGGAUGGUUUUUGACACUAUGUGCACAUCGUCUUCGUGGUAUUCACGAAGAAUUAACGACAGUGCCUCAUAUUAGUAUAGUAUUUAGCGUGGAGUCUGUGAAAACUCCCAAUGUUUGUAUAUUUCUGCAAGCAAUGCAAAAGAUACUCUAUUUUUACACAUGAAGAAUGCCUGUAUGUAAUGUUUACUGAACUGAUGUAUUUAUUGUGUAUUGUAGAAUAUCAGUUUCUUGUUAUUUAUUAUUUUGAGGUUUCAUUUGAUGAAACGCCUGAAUCUAUUAACUGUAAACUGACAUUCACAG